GGUGAUUAUCACAAGUUGAUUGGUAUUGCGGCAGAACUGGUAGACUCCUUGGAAGAUACGAUACGAGGAAAAAUGGUAGGCUGAAGCAUAAUUUCUCCAGGUCUCUGAUACUUACCCAGUUCUAAGGCUUCAUAAAAACUUCAUUCAGUUCUAGGACUUGAUCAAAACGUCAUCCAGUUCUAGGACUUGAUCAAAACUUCAUCCAGUUUUAGGACUUGAUCAAAACUUCAUCCAGCUCUAGGACUUCAUCAAUACUUCAUUCAGUUCUAUAGGACUUCAUCGAAACUUUUCAUCCAGUUCUAGGACUUGAUAAAAACGUCAUCCAGUUCUAGGACUUCAUCAAAACUUCAUCCAGGUUUAGAACUUGAUCAAAACUUCGUCCAGUUCUAUAGGACUUGAUCAAAACUUCCUCCAGCUCUAGGACUUCAUCAAAACUUCAUUCAGUUCUAUAGGACUUCAUCGAAACUUCUUCAUCCAGUUCUAGGAUUCUAGGACUUGAUCAAAACUUCAUCCAGUUCUAGAACUUCAUCAAUACUUCAUUCAGUUCUAUAGGACUUCAUCGAAACUUUUCAUCCAGUUCUAGGACUUGAUAAAAACGUCAUCCUGUUCUAGGACUUCAUCAAAACUUCAUCCAAGUUUAGAACUUGAUCAAAACUUCGUCCAGUUCUAUAGGACUUGAUCAAAACUUCCUCCAGCUCUAGGACUUCAUCAAAACUUCAUUCAGUUCUAUAGGACUUCAUCGAAACUUCUUCAUCCAGUUCUAGGAUUCUAGGACUUGAUCAAAACUUCAUCCAGUUCUAGAACUUCAUCAAUACUUCAUUCAGUUCUAUAGGACUUCAUCGAAACUUUUCAUCCAGUUCUAGGACUUGAUAAAAACGUCAUCCUGUUCUAGGACUUCAUCAAAACUUCAUCCAAGUUUAGAACUUGAUCAAAACUUCGUCCAGUUCUAUAGGACUUGAUCAAAACUUCCUCCAGCUCUAGGACUUCAUCAAAACUUCAUUCAGUUCUAUAGGACUUCAUCGAAACUUCUUCAUCCAGUUCUAGGAUUCUAGGACUUGAUCAAAACUUCAUCCAGUUCUAGAACUUCAUCAAUACUUCAUUCAGUUCUAUAGGACUUCAUCGAAACUUUUCAUCCAGUUCUAGGACUUGAUAAAAACGUCAUCCUGUUCUAGGACUUCAUCAAAACUUCAUCCAAGUUUAGAACUUGAUCAAAACUUCGUCCAGUUCUAUAGGACUUGAUCAAAACUUCCUCCAGCUCUAGGACUUCAUCAAAACUUCAUUCAGUUCUAUAGGACUUCAUCGAAACUUCUUCAUCCAGUUCUAGGAUUCUAGGACUCGAUCAAAACUUCAUCCAGUUCUAGGACUUCAUCAAAACCUUUUACAUGCAACUGAUAUGAAAUGUUCUUUUUAGAUCUCCUCGGAGUAUAUUCAAGAUUUAUGUGCGCGGUUGUUCAGUGCUCCCAUGCAGCAGUCUAUGGAUAUCACGAAACCUGGAACGGUAAGACAAUCUGUUUAUUGAUAUUAAUGUAUCGGCAAUAGAUACUGUAAUAGUAUGGUUUCGAGUGCAAUUUGGAAAAAAAAACAUGCACGUGUGAGUUUCUCAAAGACUGAUCAGUCAAUACGAUCAUUGAAGUCUUGUUUGAUCAUUGAACGAGUGUUUGUUUCUCCAAACUGCACGAAAAACCAUACUAUACUUGUUAAAUGUUAAUAAUAUACAUAAAAAAGUUUACACGCUUCGAUAACACCUGUGUACUCACGCCAUUUCAGCAUUAUUUUUAUUGUUUGUUAGCAAAACUUUUCAGUUUAUGUGUUCCUUGUACUUAAAUUGUUAUAUUCACGUACGAUUUUCCAUUGAAAGUGUGCAAAAAGUCGUCAAAAUAGUGAAAAUUUAUAUUAUUACCAUCUGACGUCGCCAUGUUGAUUUUCCAGCCUCGUUGCCAGGCUCUGCUCGUGUUUUGUUAAUUGCACCGCAAAAAUAAUUGCGCUGCUCUUAGCUAAUCAGAAUUGAGUAGGUUUUUCAGCUAUAUUAUUAAUUUAUUUAAUGUCUUUGAAUUUCAUGCAUUCACUUUAUUUGUGAGCAUGGCUCACUUUAAUAAGUGGCCAUUUUGCUUUCCUUGUAGACUUCAAAUAUGCUGCGAGCUUCAAUUGCAAAGGCCAGUUUAAGGUAAGCCAGCUAGAUAUACGCUUGCUACGGUAGUAGGUUAAAUUUGAGACAUUGGGUUCAAUAAUACUGGAUUGUUAGAACUACCGUAUAUAAAACCAAAAACAAUUUUUAUGCAUUAAAAAAUUGUGGAACAGGAACCAUCAUUACUGGACAUGCAGAAAAUUUUUUGUGAUGUGACUCUGCACUCUGCUAUACCUUGCCGCCAACGUCUGUGUCACAGAUAUUUAUGCUUAUUCAAUAAAAAGAAAGCAUAUACUAAAACAAUGGACUAUAUAUUAUGGGGGAAAAUGGUGAAGUAUUGUCCAAGUACCGCCAUUACCGGUUACCAUUCCCCCCUGACUGGUAUCUGCAUGGUAGACCACUAUCCAGUACCAUCCAGUAUCCGGCUAAACGGUAUCCGGCACAUCCCUAUCAAUCCAUGUGAAAAUUCUGAAAUUAAUUUUCCAACGAGUGCAUGGUUUGACAUUUUUAUUAACACAACAAGUUCAUGUCAUUCCCGUACAUUGCUUGUGAAGAACAAAAAAUAAUUUUUUGGGAAGCCUGAUAUUUUUUGUUUGCAUUAAUAAUUUAUUUUUAUCUUUUCCCAGAGAAACUAUGUUAAUUAUUUUACAUGUUAAUAUUUUUGUUUUAUGGAACUGUAGUAGUCUGGAGAACAUUAAUAAUCAACCGUUGGACUUUGAAAAGAUUAAGAAUGAUUUGACAAACCUCCCUGAACGAAAAAAAGGAUUUUUACUGCAAGCUUUGAGAUGGGUUAGUAAACAAUUGAAAUAAUUUUACCGCCAUACAUGUGUUUUCAACAAAGAUUCAAAUGUCUUUGAAACCUGUGGUUUUGAUCUAGACAAGAACGAAACCAUUACCAUAGCUGGAAAGAACAUCUUAAAAUGAAUAAAAUUGCAACGUUUGGUUGCGAAUUGUUGUAAAAUGAGGAAAAUAUAGCCCUGCGAUGUUCGCAAAUUUUGUAUAUAAUUAUUUGUAUUACGCGCGUGAAAAAUAACCAUUUUUGAGCCGAUUAUUUUUACCUCGCGUAAUAUAUACAAAUAUACACAAAAUUUGCGCACUUCACAGGGGCUAUAUUUUCUUCAUUUUACAACAUUUACCAACCAAUCUUUGCAUUCUAAGACUAUGUGCACACGGUAACGUUUUCGAGCGUUUUCAUUUGUGUUUUCACGCUAAAACGGAUGCAAACACUAUCAAUUUACGACAGAAGCUGUAGUUUAUUUAAUAUAUUGGAGAUGUUUUUCUUUGGACCGUGUGAACAAGUCAAUAACAACAAAACAAUUAAAGGGGCAAAAACGUUUUUGAAAACGCUCGAAAACGACGCCCGUGUGCACAUAGCCUAAGACGGUCUUUCUAGCUGUGGUGUUGGAUUUCGUUCUUCUUGCCUUGAUCAAAAUUUAGCCUAUAGCUGGAGUCAGCCAUUGAAAGAAAUAUUAUUUAGAAUGUACAGUACUUUAUGUUGAAAGUGGAACCACCAAGCCAUCGGAACUUACUAUGGCAACACUUGACGCACAACGCGAGCCUGCGUUGAGUGUUGCCCAAUUACUGAUACUUCAUGUUAAAUCAAAUGUUUGGAGGAUAUAGACAAGGUGUUGUAUUUCUAGUCACUAGCGUAAUUGAGAUAAAGUGUUAUGCAAGAGUUAAAAUUUAAAAGAUAAAAAGGACAGUUUCAAGUAGAGGAUCAAUGAUUACAUAAAGUACAUGAGGAAAAUUAAGAUCUAACUUUCACUACCAUUAUCGCUACCUCUCAAAGGCUGAAUACGCAUUUGAUUGGCUAAUCGGGAAGAUUAAAUGCAUCUGAUUGGUUAAUAGUUUUUGUGGUAGUGGAAGUCAAAAUCUGAAUUUCUCUGUUGAAAAAAUCUGAACCUCCCAGUACUAUCGCAGAUCAAAACUUAACUGAACUAACUUUAUUUAAUAUAUAAUAUGAUGGAUAGCUCCAUCUGUUCUAAACUGUUCUGUGUCAUAGACUGGAAGUGCAGCCCUGUGCAGAUACUCUUCCUUAUGAUAUAUACGCCCCUUUCAACAGAGAGUUUAGUUUAUGUUUUUGUUUCUAUGUUAAGCGACUUACUCGUAGUGGAGGAGAUGAGUUCAGAAACUCAACAAUGAGAGCUUACAUUGGCAAUGAUUUACUUGGCUGUGCUUUUCCAGGCGAAUAUCAGGUAUUUACUGUGCAUGCAUAAUCAAUAGAAUAAGAAGGUUAGGAAACUUGAUGCAAACAUAAUAGACCUCAUUAUCUGUGUUUUUGUCUUGGUUUAUGCAACGAAUGGUCGGUUCAUGUCACUUGUGUAUUUAAUUUUUUUCGAUAGAGCAAUAGAUAUUCGCUAGAGCAAUAGAUACUAACUCUUGACGAAGGGCCUUCGCUCGAAACGUCGAGUUUUUGCUUGUUUUUUAAGGUAGUAAUAUAACCACUCAGCACAGCAUUUUCACAUUGGUACUACCAACACUGGUACAGACAUUUUUAGUAUGUUUUCAUUUAACCAUUGUGUAAUAUCAUGACUGGGUAAUUAAACGUACUGCUAUUGGGUGGUUGGGCAAAAAACAAUAGACACGUGACGAUGAACCGACAAUUCUUUGCAUAAACCAAGACAAAUACAUAGAUAACGAGAUCUAUUAUGUCGAGUUUCAUUAAUUAUUAUUCUAUUGACUAUAUGGUGCACGCAAACCAGUGGAUACAUAGCUGCAGAAGUUAGGAGCCAUGGAUCGACGCUAUCUUUAUAGCAUUAGGGGGCUAGCUCCAAAUUCAAAACUUCAAAACUUAGUUUAAUUAAGAAUCAUGGCCGGAUUUUGAGGGGAGGUGUGGGGGAGGUGCGCACCUCCCCUGAGAUCGUUUUGCACCUCCCCUGAGAAUUUUUGCACCUCCCCUGAAAAGUGACUGAUGCACCUCCCCUUGCAUGGGAAGUUUCAAUGAUAGAUCAAAGUGAAAAUUUGACAUUUUUUAGUUGCUUAGGGUCUACGCUUCAUAAGAAACUUUUUGUGUAACAUUGAAUAUAUAAUAUAUUGUCAUAACCAAGUGGAAAAAGUAUGUUCGUUAGUUUUGAGCGCGUGUUACAGUACGUAACAUACAAAAAUUAUCCUCUUAAAUAGUUGUACAUAACUUUUCUAGGACACGUUAAUCGAGUUCCUGCAGUCCUCCAGUGCUGUUGUGUGUCAAUACUUUGCCAGAUUGCUAAACACCAUGGCAUCUAUGUCUGCUGGUAAGUCAUUAAAAUAAGCCGAAAAUCUCUGAAGAUUCGGCCAUGGAUAGCUCUAUCUCACAUACUGCACUACUUCACUCCAUUCCCCUAGCAUAGGAAAUGGGCAUGUGCCAUAAAUCCAUAAUGACCAGGAUCUCAGCACAAAUAUACAGGGUGUCCCGAAAAGAAAUGCAAUUGGUAUAUGUUCCAGAUUUUUACACAGCUAAUUAUUAGUGGGCAUAUAUAGAAAACUUAAUCCAGGAGAUGAAUUUCGACACUUUAAUUAUUAACAUUGGUCAGGUAGAACCAAGUUAUGCUGUUUAAAAAGAAGUCUGGUUUAUCCAAUGGACCAUUGAAAUCAUGAAUACAUCAGUUGUGUUACGUAUCAAUAUAGGUCUGAUGGCCACAAACUUUAAACAGCCAUGACAUUGUUUCUAUUGGACCAAUUUUAAUAAUCAUAUAGUAUCAAAAUUCAUCUUCUAGAUUAAAUUCUCGAUGCUCGCUAAUAGCUAGCUGAGUAAAAAUCUGGAGCAUACGUCACGGGCUUCGGCAAAUGUAGUCCAUUCGGCAUUCGCCCUUACCCUGAGUAUCAGGUCAUUUUUUCUCUUCCUUAACUGCGCGUGCCCUGAUACUCAGGUUAAUUUGUCCUUGUUUAAUUUGAAGAUUUGUUCCUAUGUUUUUACAAUCUUUCUAUUUAAGGCAGGAGUUAUUUGUCCCAAAGCGUAAAGUUAGUUGAAGCAUUACAGAAGACAUUGACAACGGAACCAAAAGAUUCCCUCACGAGUGAAAAUAUUCUUGGAUGUUUACAAAAACUGAGUUUAAGGUGAGGUGAUCUUACAUACAGUACAAACGCUUUCAAUUGGGAGUUAUAGUGAUCCAGUCCUAGGAGUUAUCAAAAUUAUUCAGCUGUAGGGCUUGAUCGAACUUCAUUCAUUCAUAGGGCUUGCAUGAUCAAAACAUUUUCUAGUUCUACUGUAUCAUGCGGUCAAAACUUCAUCCAACCUUAGGACUUGAUUAAAACUUUAUCUAGUUCUAAGAAAGAGUCGAAGCUUUAUCCAGUUCUAGGACUGGUCAAAACUUUAUCCAGUUCUAGGAUUUGGUCAAAAAUUUAUCCAGUUCUAGGACUUGAUCAAAACUUUAUCCAGUUCCAGAGCUUGAUCAAACCUAUCUACUACAUUAAAUGUCAUCCAGUCGUAGAACUUUAUCAUUGAUUAAUGUGAUUGUGAGGUUAAAUCCAUUAUCCUCACAUUGAUUUAGACGUCAACUUCAGACCGUGAUGAUCGAAAGUGAUCUAAUAUCGUGGCUUAUUGAUGUAUUAGAAGAACACGAUUCACUAUCUGACUAUACAUUGGAAUAUUCCGUCGCUUUAAUGAUGAAUUUGUGUUUAAGAACUUCAGGUAAUGCUGUAGUCUAAUGAAGUCUAUCGUUUUGUGACGAAUUAUUCCACCACGGUGAAAUUGGCGGGAAAAGUGGAGAGAUUGGCGGGAAAUUAGAUAAAUUGGCGGGAAAAGUGGAGAAAUUGGCUGGAAAAGUCGAGAGGAGCUUAAAUGCCACAAAAACGAGAGGCUGGCCAAUGGAAAUAAACCAUUUAACGUUUACUUCCUUAUUUGAUUAUGACAACCGACCAAUAGCGACUGAGAUUUUAACCUUACAGUAGUUCAAAGUUUAUUUUAUCGAAUUCCCGCCACUAAAGUUAGUCAUUUUAGGUUUUUGUUAUUUGCUUUAUUGAAAGUAGUUAGUUCUGUUAAGUUGGGGAAUGAGAAACUAGAAAAAAUAAAAGACAGUGCUUGAUUUCUUUUCGUUAGGAAAGCAGAAAUGUGCGAAUGAUGCCAGCCAUAUUUUGCGGGUUUUGAGCGACCUCUUGGGCCACGAAAAUCAGGAGGUAUGGAUGUUUUGAUUUUUGUAAUGAUUUUUUCCAGUGGCCUAGGAAAAAGUUUCUUCUGGCAUCAAAAUCCAAAAAUGAAAACUUCUUAAUUAACCUGUAUUAACCAAGUAAUGAUAUGUCAUAAUUCCAAUAUAUCACAUUGGUAUUAUGUGUUUUGUUAAAGAUUUCCAGACAGCAGUCAGUGCAUGUUGCUGGCGCUGGGGACAGCCAGCACUGCUUUUUAAGGUGCUCUACAGCAUAUAGACCUGUCAUACUACUAUAACUUAAGUUAUUUCAUUUUAUAGAUUCGUCCUUACGUGAAUGGGUCACUUUACAGCAUUCUGGCUUUGCCAAACGUGCGAGAGGAAGCGAGGGCUAUGGUAAAAAUCUUCAUUGUAUAUUGUGGAAAUGUUUUCCCGAUUUACACGAGAAACGUGCUGUGUUUAGAAGGGUCAAAUUUGAAACACUCUUUAUAUAAAAGGCCUGAUUAAAAGAUGUGUAGACGAACGUCAGACAAGAAAAUCGUGUAAAACUCGUUUGUGUGUUAACGCGACAAACAGACGGACCGUCCGUCAAGACGAAAUAUCUCCAUACUCGGCAUAAGCGGAUCUACCGAGGGGAGGGUGCAGAGCCGAGCGCAUCCCACCUACUGGUGUCCAGCACCCCCUUGAAGAAACUCUGGUAUUCCAUGUUAAGUUUAGAUUUCCAGAAUACUACUUAUUAUAUUGAAACGACUGAUUUUCCAGUACACGAGAACAUAUUCAAGCACCAAUACGGCGGGUCGCUGUACCAUAUAUAUAUAACGUAAAAAAUGUAAACCAUGUUAUAGGUUGAGAACAUUAAUUUUUGCAAGGAUCAAUCAGUAUACCGCGAUAUACAUAACGAAUCAUAUAUUACAUUACAUUAUUAUUCAGCUCACUCCCUAUUGGGGCUUUUCAGUGACCGAUUACAUCCAGUACUACGCUCAUGUUACUUAGCCUAGACUAUUUAUCUUUUAUACAACAAUUGAGAUAUUACUUUCCUAACUGUGUUUAUCCUAACCCACCCCCUGCCAACUUGUCCUGUGGGAGGAAACCGGAGCACUCGGAGAAAACCCACGACUUUCGGCAGAGAACCCACGACUUUUUCCUUUUUAUCUCUUUUACCGGUGUAGAACAUGAAAUAUUAACUUUCUUAAUUUUUGCUUGAAAUACAAGUACCGUGAGGACAAUUUUAAACGAAUAAAAUGUAACGAGUAGUGCUCAGAAUGCGAGAAAUGGCAUUUUAAGGCUUCAAAUUACGGACUCUCGUAGCAAUGCACCCCCCACUGGAAAACGUCUACCCUCGAGGUUAGAUCCGCCCGUGAUACUCAGACGAACGCGUGCAUGUGCGUAGUUGGUUUUGGCGGAUGAUGUAGUAUAAAUCUUGCCAAAGUCUUUGUAAUAUUGUAGAUACCUGGGUUUGAAAUAAUCGAUAUAAUUAUGCUCUACACAAUAUAUUUCAGGGAAUGCAAGAAAUUCUGGAAUGUUUUCUUAAAGACGAAGAUGUUGACAUGCAAAGACAAGUUCAGUUCAUCAUCAAACAACUAAAUCUCGGUAAGUAUAAGAUAAGGGUAAUUUUCAUAGAAAUAAUAAAUAUAGAAUACGUACUUGGUCACGAAUCAUGUCUCCACUUGCGUGCCCUUAUAACUCCACCAUAUUGAAUGAUUUUUAAACCUUUACUGAAAAUUAAAAUUAGAGCGGAAGACAAAACUUUUGGACGAAGAAGAAUUAGUCUCGGCUCAGUUUCACUAUAAACUGGAAACAAAGCUAAUUAUUUGAAAGUUAAAGAUUUCUAUUUUAUCAUUAACUUAACAUUUUUUCUUCUCGUUUUCAAGGUUCCGAUGAAUCGCCGAUCAGUUACGAUGCUGACUCCGAUGAUGAAGACGACGAUAUUGAUGAGGUACUGUAGAGAUGUUAUAACUUUAGUAACAUCUAUGGUUAUAGAUGUAUAUUUAAUGUAUUAAUGUAUUUUCUGUACCAAGUAAAUGACCUAACAGUCAUUAAAAUUUUAAAGUGAAGAGUUUUGUACAACCCGCUCCAGAGGUUAAUUUAGGGAGCUCGCUCAUGUUUCCGGGCCGAAUUAUAAAGGGACCUAGCUUUUUCCACAGAAAGACCCUUCACUGGGUCUGGGGAGCCAAUAUCGUUCACAGUGGGGCUGGAUGGGGUACUUGCCCUCCUCCCCAGUAUGUUGAAAGCAUAUGGUUGAAACAGGCCCUGCAUGAUGUCAGGCAGGGGCUGUGGUUAACCAAUAUAUUUUUUUUGGCUGUAGGAAGGUGACGCCAUCGAUGAAGAACUGGAUAAACAGGAAAUACUUGAACCAGGAUCUAAUGAGUUAGCUGGCGAAGACCUGUUGGAGAAGGAAUACGUGAUUGUAAGUACUUGCGCAAGAUAUUCUAAUUGUACUGCUGCUGCUUAUAAUAGUAUGCUUCACAGGCAGCAAAUCGCCUGAGUAUCCGGCCAUUUUCCCUUCCUUGAAUGCGGGUGGAGGGAAGGCAAAGAAUGCCUGAUGCAAAUCGUUACCUGGCCGCAUGCAAAAAAAACAAACCCGUCCUUUCGCCUGGUGGUCCAACAGACAAAGAAAAUUUAAUGUCUCUUUUUCAUUGGUUAAUACAAUACUGAUUACACGUUAGUGUUAUUAUAUAUUUAGCAGUUGGGGCUAUAAUGAGAUUGUUGUCAUUAUUAAGCGAUAUUGACAAUUUCCCUGGGACAUUUUGAUUGGAUACUAAACAUGACAUUUACUUAUAGGGUGGGGAGGGGUCAUGCAGGCGAAAGUUUGUGUCAGGCAUUAUUUGUAAAACAAAGCCUGAUACAGUACUUAGGUUAGGCAGCCAAUAGUGGGCAACAUCAGUAUUGGAGUUUAAACGGCAGAAGUAUUAACACUUAUUAUAGGAGGAAGCAAAUUAUCCUUCUCACUUGUAUUUAGGACCUGUUUAUAUGAGCCUGAUUGCCCGGGAUGCUCAUCCAAGUGAGAUGAAUUCUUUCUGUGUUCAUAUGACUAGUUUUAUCCCACCUAAAAUUCUUCCUCGGUGGCCUGAAAAACAUGGCGCCUUCAAAAUAUCUUUUGUUGUGAUUGAACAAACUGUACGUUGUAUUACGACUUUUUUAACACCUUAAAAGGUGUUCGUCCAGGUCUGUUAACGUUUAUUUCCUUGUUUAUAUUUUCCAAAUACGCUGCUCAAUAUUAACGGUCAGGUUGGAUGAGGCGUUCACAUAUGGAACAUAUUUAGUCGGACUGGCUUCUCAUAUGAACACCCAGUGAUUUUUAUAUGCAUUAACAAUGACGUGCGGACCUCACCCAGCUGAGAUUCCCAGUACGCUAGGCCCAUAUGAACAGGCCUUUAGUUGCCACUGUUUGAUAUCUCAGUCAAGUAGGAUAAAAAAUUUCAAAUUUUGCACUGCAGUGCUAUUUUCCACAGGGUCCUUCGUAAUAAAAAUAUUAUAUAAUUUAUUAUUUGUUUUUAGCGUCCUGCUGACUCCACUAAUUUCGUACGGCAGUCAAGAAAAGUGAGUUCAUUUCAUUAUCUUAUGGUUAAUAACAGAAAUGAGUUACAGUUGUCGUAGGUCUCCAUGUAUGUCUACACAUAGACUUGGAUCAAGUCCGUCUCUCUAGAGUCCGAGGGAGAGCACGAGGUGCAAUAACGCAGGAAAGUUUGAGGGAGAGACGUCUCGCCCUCCUUUCAUGCACCUGGAUCUCGUCGCUUCGCGACUCUACUCUAGAGAGACGGACUUGAUCCAAGUCUAGACUACACAUAGUUAAUAGAAUAAGAAGGUUAGUGAACUCGAUGCAGAUAUAAUAGACCUCGUUAUCUUCGUUAUCUUUGUCUUUGUUCAUGCAAGAAAUGGUCGAUUCAUCGUCACGUGUGUUCUAUUUUCGCCCAACCAACCAAUAGCUAUGUUUUCAUUUAACAUUUUUGUAAUAUCAUGACUGGGUAAUUCAAUGAACACACUGCUAUUGGCUGGUUGGGCGAAAAAAAAAAAAACAAUACACAAGUGACAUGAACCGACCAUUCUGGCAUAAACCAAGACAAAAACAUAGAUAAUGAGGUCUAUUAUGUCUGCAUCGAGUUCCCUAACCAUAUUAUUCUAUUGACUAUGAUCUACAGCAAAAGUGAGGUUCAUAUUUGAAUUCCACUACCUCUCCUUGGCUUAGUAGAGUUAGUACGCAUCUGAUUGGGGGAAUAGUCCAUUAAUGGUAGAGGUGUAUAGUGAUAGUGUAAGUCAAAUCUGAACCUCGCUUAUGUCCUCAUCAUGCCUAAUGUCUUUCGCUGAAUUUUUUGUUAGAAUCACCUGUUAUCAAGUCUUGAUCAACCACUCAGUCGACCUGUUACUCCCGGUGGCAGAGUAGCCGACAACAAAUUUGGUAAGUUAGCAACUGUGCAACCGAUCUAUCAGUAGUGUAAGGGACGUGAGUGGAGCUGAUUGAGGCGAAGGUAUUCUAAGGGCCAUGACUCGUGUCUCAUCACUGCAUGCACACAGCUACGGUGGAAGGGUCAGUUUGGGGGUUAUCCCAACCCAUCCUGUCAACUUUCCCUGUGGGAGGAAACAGGAGUACCCAGAGAAAACCCACGACUUUCAGAAGAGCGUUGACUGAAUCUCUUCACAGAAGUGUCAUGAGUCCGCACCAAGAAUCGAAUCCACGACCACAGUGGUGAAAGGCACUGGCUCUGAGGAUUGUGCCACUGACGUCCUCUAUUAGGGGAGGUGCGGUUACCCCGGCUGUCGGCCGCCGACUCUGCGGUUAAAAAUAACUUUAGACGUUUAUAUUUUCAGAUCAUUUUCCUCGACCUACUACAACAGUUCUUGGUCAAAUACCAGAGAGUAUCUCACCACCAAUGACAAGCCGAUCUCGUGUCUCGUCUAGACCUAACUCAGGAAGACCAAAUUCUGCCAGACUAAACUCAAGUAGACCAAACUCAAGUAGACCAAACUCGGCUAAAUCAGAUGCAGCAAAAGGUAUAUAGACAGCUUAGCCUGAGUAUCAGGCCCUUUUUUUCCUUCCUUAAAUGCUGAUGGAUGGAAGGGAAGAGGGCCUGACACAAAUGUCUGUCUGACCCAUUGAAAUUAGCGGGCCUGUAGUUGCAUUUUUCGCAACUGCUCCUUGUUAGAUCUAAGAAGUCUAUAAAAUUCACACUUGAAAUUUUCGUCUACAAAACCCCAUCUGCAUGAUACUCUGGCUUUUAUUUUUUAUUUAAGAGGAGAUUUUUUUGUAUGUUGCGUAACACGCGCUCAAAACUAAUGCGUAUAAUAUAUCAUUUGAGGUUAUGACUAAAUUCAAAAUUUUUAUUUUUCGAUACGUUUCCCAAUCGGCAAACAAACUUAAACAUUUUGUUUAGUGCUUUAUCGGUAAAAUAAUGUUAAAAUGAAGAGAUUUUAGAUGAUACGCCAAAGAGAAAAUGACGUCUGAAGUUCAGUAAGUUUUGCUUAUAUGACUAUAAAUAUGGCACCAAUUUUAAAGCAUUGAUAAUUGUGUUUAAAUUAACAAUUUUUAACUAUUAUUUUAUGUUUCUCAACCGGCAGAUGCAUUUAAAAAGGUACCUAACUGUAUAAACUAGAGAGUAAAGCUAAAACAAAGUAAUUUUGAGAGGGACGCCAAAAAGAUUUUAGGUUUUGAACACUUUUCAUUGCAAAUACGUGACAUUGAAAAAAAUUACCUCUUAAAGAAUUUUGAAACUAGACAGCUAGAUAUCAAGAUUUUUGUUGGCAUCUUACUCGAUUCAAUAGUUGAAGGGUGUUGUUGAUGGAAUUUGUCGAGUGGAAAUUUAUAUACAUUUUAUUAGGACCUAACCAGGAACAGCUGCGAGAAAUGCAAACUUUAGGUCUCUGGCAGGAAUUGAACCUGCAGCCCUGAGGUCAAACGUACAGGUACUUCUAAGUUACUUUAAUUGUUUUGUUUUACUUUUAAGAAACUUCUCAAAGCCAAGAAGACCUGAAAGUGGUAUGUUGCAUGUCCUUGCUUCGGAUAUUUAAAGUACUGUUUAAUAAACGAGUAGGAGUGUUUUAUUAGGUUUAAAGACACGAGCGCGCAGCGCGAGUGGCUUUAGACCUAAUAAAACACGACCUGCGAGUUUAUUAAACGGCUUCAAACACGACUACAAAUUCAAUAGAUAUACUGCCUUAUUAGUAUUCUUUAUAUAAAGAGUACCAAUGAGGACACGACUACAAUAGAUACUGCCUUAUUAGUAUUCUUUAUAUAAAGAAUACUAAUUAGGAGUGUUUUAUCAGGUUAAAGCCACUGCACGUGACAUAUUAUGGUUGACAUGAUUUGCCAAUAAGCUUAUGAAUAAAUGAGUGUUUGAAGAAAUACUAGUUAAUAAUAAAUUAGAGUUUAUUAGAGAUAUUUAUUUUGCCCAAAGUAAUCUCGUUUUGGUGUCCAAAUAAAAAUUGAUAUAUUAUUAUAAUUAUAGUAUACUUUGUAGUAUACUAGGUAAUAGUAUGAUUUCGAAUGCAAUUUGGAAAAUCUUUUCGAUAAAAAUUGCACGAUAAAAAGACGAUAAAAAUUGCACGAGUCCGAAGAACAAGUGCAUUGACGUUUAACGUCUUUGAAAAACUCAUUGACGUCGAACGUCUUUGAAAAACUCACGUUUUUCCAAAUUGCACGAGAAACCUGAUACUGUUAUACUUAUUGAUAAUACGCAUGGGAGAAUAGACCUUAUGCAUAAUGACGUCACAAGUAUUAAUGCCUGCGAGGAAUGCUGGUCUUAGUAUUUCUUUUUUGGCAUUGUAUUCUUUUUUGGCACUGUAUUUCGAUAAAAGUGUACUCCGCAGUCAAUCAGAAUCGAGUAAUUGUUUUAAUGUAUAUUAUUAUCAUUGUUAUCUGUUGUAGUUUAUGUGUUAACUAGGAUAAAUUUUCUUUUAUUUAGCAGAAGAAUUAUGCUGCUGAACAGGAGGCCAAGGUGGAAAAACUGUUCCAAAACAAGUAUGUAUUAUUUGAUAUAUCUCGUAAAAAGCACAACCAAAGAUACACGUAAAAUCUAACAUCUUGGCAACAAGAUGUGCUCGCAACAGACUUGUGCAAGCUUGUCAACAAAUUGUAACAGUGACAAUAUUGCUACUGUUAGUUGUUACAAGAUUCCGACCUCAACUUACUUGUUAGCAAGUUGUCUAAUUGCAGGACGAUAACAAGUUGAUGGAACAACUUGUAAUAAGUCUGUUGAGUCAUUAACUUUGCAGCAAGUUUGUCAACACGCCGUUAUUAGUGGCUUCAAAGAUGGCGGGCAAGUUAUCGUUCCAGUUCUCUUAGAGUUCACUGCUCAGAGCCCAGGGGAUGUUACGCCAAUGGACGCCGGGAUUGGAGAAAUGUUCGACCAAAUUAGAAGUUUCCGAUCAUAAUUCAUGUUGGUCGGUCAUAUUUUCCAGACAAUUAUCGAACGUUAUUUUUUUCCAUUUUUUCAGUGCUCUGUCACAAAGUGAGGUUUUUGGGACCAGAAACAAACUACGUCGAUCACAUGACUCCCGUAAUCACUCUCCAAAACCUGGAUCCACGUCUAUCCCACCAUUGACCCGUUCUAUCUCUCCACCUCCCCCGAAAUCCUCAGGCAGACCAGGUACGUUUCUCAACUAUAGAAAUUCUCCGAUCCGAGUUCGCGUUAUCGAUAUUUCAUCUUCAUGUUUGGCCGAAACAUAGCCUAUCGAAGGGAAGAUGGCUGUGAAACUCAUUAGAAUAACAAUAUAACUCAUUAUCUAUGUUUGUCAACGUUUAUUCAUGAAUCUGGUCGUUUCACCGUCACGUGUGUAUUGCAUUCUUGCCCAACUAACCAAUAGCAAUGUUUUAGGAAAGUCACCUAUCCGUGACUCGAACAGUAGGGAAACUGGAAAUUGCUAUUGGUGGAUUUGGUAAGAAUACAAUACACACGUGACGGUGAAACGACCAGAUUUAUGAAUAAACGUUGACCAACAUAGAUAAUGAGUUAUAUUGUUAUUCUAAUGAGUUUCACAGCCAUCUUCCCUUCGAUAGGCUAUGGCCGAAAAGAGCCCAGAAUUGAAAUCGUCAUGCUCAAAUUUGUCGAAUUAUGCAUGCAUGUUUGGACAUUCAAGAUGUGAGUUACGGGAUUUUGAUUUUCGCUAUAUUUAACUGGAAUUUCCACUCGGCAUUGAACUCGAACGGUCUGUGCUACGGUAGGUAGUGACGUUACUGAGCUUUAGUAGCGACUACGAGUACGAGAUUCGUCAAGCGAAACGCACGCUGUAUACUUACAGUACGCCGUCCCGUACUGACGUGAAAAAGUCGUAGCCGUCGCCCAUCUGAGUACGAAAUUUUGGAGAGAUCUCGUAGUCCUCACGAUGACUUUUUAAAAAACAAAUAAAAUUUGGUAUAGUCGUAGCGUUUAUCCGGCGCAGUUUUUGAAAGUGCAUCAUGGAAACGUAAAUUAUACCGGAAAUGUUGAGCUAAAUAUCUGGCUUGUUUUUAACCCCACUUAUUCAUGACUAUAUGCACUUAAUCCGUGCAGCUAAGUUAGUCCUUUCUGAAUGCAAUGAUCUUUAUUUCAUUGCGAUAGCUUUUAUAGUUUUUGCAUUACAUGUAAUCAAACAGUGUCCAGUUUUUUUUUUGAGACAUUUGGUUGUUUAAAUCAGUUUGUUUUUACCAUGUAACCAGCUCCCUGCUCCAUUUUUAGACCUAGCAAACAGCUCCCUAGGUUAUCGGGUCGGCACGAAGCUCUAGGAACAUGUUCUGUGAUUGGUUGAUUAUGACAAUGACAAAAGAAUAAGCUAUAGAAUGGAUUUUCUCUAGAACGAAGCAAGAACAAUAUUCCUUUUGUUUAUGUAAGCCAAUUACGUCUUCUGUCGUUGUUACAAUCAACCAGUCACAGAACAUCUUCCUAGAGCUUCGUGUUUACUGGGGUUAUCCCACAUAUAAUUGAUAUAAAUAUGGUGUUUAAUUUUAACCCAGGAUCUGCCAAUAAGUCGAAUAAGAAGAGGUGACACACACAAAAUGGAAAACACUCGAUCAAGUAUACUGUAUAUGAUUAAUGGUGAGUACAGUUGCGUGUGUACGCUACUAUACACAGUAAAAAUAAACCAUGAAUGAGGCCGAGAUCAGAGGACAAAUGCUGAUUAGAAGAGGAUUUCGAUAUUGAAUACGAUUCUAAUCAAGGAAUUUUGAUUCUAAUGACUAUAUAAGAACAAUGAACCUGAUUCGAAGAUGCUUCGAGCUGUUAUCAUGCAAAGUUUCUGUGAUCGUAUAGUAGGAAUUUUGCAUUAGGUAAAUUCUGUAAAGUUUUGAAGGAUUUGUAAGAAAUAUGCGAGGGAACUGAUUCAGUGUUAAACACUUUGUAAGUUGCCUCAAACAUUUCUUACAAAUCCUUCAAAACGUGGAAUUUAAGGUGGAGUAAUACGGGCAACGAAAUUGCUGCAACUUGCAACAAAAUCUGAUUUCAACGCAUGUUAAGUAGAAAUGUUGACACGUGUUGCCUCGUGAUUUGUAAUUUAUGUGUAAACAUUUUCAAUUAACAUGCGUAGAAAUCAGAUUUUGUUGCAAGUUGCUCGUAUUACUCCAGCUUAAUAUACUCUGAUCACAGAAACGUUGACAGUGUAAACGUUUACGGCUAACUGCGAACUGCUACAGUCUACAUGUUUUAAACAGUUCUACAAGUUUUCAACAGCGAAAUAGCUAAUCCAUGCUUCAAUUUUAUGCACAAAUUGCCUUAACUUCGAACAGCUAACAGUUGAGCUCAAAAUACGAUUUGAAGUUUGCCGUAAACGUCAAUUUUAAAGUCUCUAAUAUCUUCGCAUUUUCCUCGUCGUAAACUCGUUAAUUACUUGGUUAGUGCUCGCAAUGUCCGGUAAUCGCUUUAUCAUUACAGAGGUUCAGAUUUGACUUUCACUACCGCUACCGCUACCUGCAUUAAGGGGCAAUCAACCAAUCAGAUGCGUUUGAUGUAUUCGAUUAACCAAUCAGAUGCGUUUGAUGUAUUCAAUUAACCAAUCAGAUGCGUUUGAUGUAUUCGAUUAACCAAUCAGAUGCGUUUGAUGUAUUCGAUUAACCAAUCACAUACGUACUAAGCCAUGCAGUGAGAGGUAGUGGUAGUCAAAUCUGAACCUCUAUAAAAUGACCGCACGCCGUUAAAACUGUGGAAAGGAUUUUUCGAUAAUAUACCAAAACAACAAUAUAUAAUAUCAUGGAAGAUACUGUAGUUGAUAACAAAUACUUUUGCAUCCAAUCAAGCGAAAAUUGCGGGCAUGGGAUGCUACUAUAUAAAAUUUGAGUUUCUGCUUAUUUUUUAAGGUAGUAAUAUAACCACUCAGCACAUCAUUUCUACAUUGGUACUACCUACACUGGUACAGACAGUUUUAGUACUAUAUAAAACAUUUUUUAAUACGACGAAAAUUUUCCUACUGAUAAUCAUCCUUUAAAAUAUCAUUUUAAAGUAUACUAAAUAUUAUUUUAAAGUGCGUUUUAUAUAUAUAUAAAACUAAAAGUUAUUUUAAAAUGUAAAUAUACUAUAAAGACUAUAAGUAAUGUAAUAUAUCAUCAUUUUACAUAUAAAUAUAGACAAUAUAAUAACAUUUUGCAAGUAAUAUAUAUUGUCAAUAUAUAAAGCCAUUUUCAACGAUAUAAAAGGGAAUUCCUCCAUUUUUGGCCAAAAUAAAUGUAAAACAGUCAAGAAUGUUGUUAAAAACUUCAUUUUUUAGGCGAGUUUUCAUUCUGUUAACAAAAACUAGAAAGAAAAGCACAUCUUCUGACCUAAUAACAUUUUGACAUGCUGAAAUUUGACGGUGAUCGUUGGGGCACAUGGCAGUAUCACUCAAAAACCAAAUAUUUAUACUUUGUUCUGGACAACAAACGCAUGUACUGUAAAUUUCAAGUAAUAUUCCAUCAUUCGAAAAAAGGGUUAUCAAGUUUAGAUUAGUAUCAAAUUCAGAUUAGAGUUAGAUUAAGAUUAGAUUACGGUUGCAGUUGGGGAGAUUAUUAAAAAAAAGGUCAUCAACUUUAGGGCCUUAGGGGUUAGAGGUUAGGAUUAUGGUUAGGAUAGCGUUUGGAUUAGGGUUAUUGUAACUGUAGACCAUUACAACCCAAUACUUUAUUGCAUGCAAUGGCAUUACAACGUCGAUAGAUUAUUGGUUACAACGUUGAACGGCUGUUAGAUUAGGGUUAGGUUUCCCCUAGAUAGACGAUUAUUAGCAUUUAGCAGCUUAAGAUGCACCAAAUCUACGACGCGGACGUGUCAUAAAAACCGUUGCUAAUGUUUGGAAUCCAGUUUUAUUUUGCGUCACUUGUGUCUCUGACUUUGUUUACCAACUGGAGGCGUUCGCGUCGUAAAUUUGGUGCAUCUUAAAGCUCGCUAUUAUCUAUUUGCACACUUUUGUCAAAUGAUUCUAUAUUCAUCUAUUUAUCCCAGAGACUGUGCUGAACCAAUCACUGCAACCAACAGAUGGGAAUUUAUGGGAAUUUUGUUGUCGCUGGUCAGUAAAUUGCGGGCGCUUGCGAAAUCGGCGAAAAAUUCUUUCAAAAAUUAUUGAAAUAUUUUAAAGCAAACAACUUGCAAAUACAAGUUUUUGGGGGAGAAAACAGUAGAUUUGCAAGAAUGCAAGUUCGUUUAUUCAAAGGUUAUGGUAAAAUGCCCUGAAUAAAAGACAUUAAACUGAAAUCGGGCAAUUAUAAAGUAUAUAUUUCCACGACGAAAUAAUAAAUAUUGGCGAAAUUUAACUUUCUCCGAAGAUGCAAGUUCUUUUGACUCGCUGGACAGAUGAAAUUGAAAAAGUAAACAUACGUUGGGUUUAAAAUUUAUUUUUCAUGCAUUUUUUUACCCAAAGACAUCUUUAGAAAAUUUAUUUAUGAUUAUAAAAUCCUUGAAAACACUUUGUGCAAAAAUCGUGAUUUUGCUAAAAAUAGGAAAAAGCAAAG